AUGGGUAAACUCAACAUCGCCCAUCAUAAAUCUUACCACCCAUAUCGGCGGGAUAAUAUAGAGAGAGUCAGAAGAGAUGAAGAAGAGGCUAGAUUGAAAGAGGAGCGGGAAGAAGGGCGGAUGUUGUUGGCCGAUUCAGAAGCCCGUAUAGACCUUUUGAGAGAACGGGCAGGUGUCUCCGAGAAAGCUGAGAAGAAGAAAAGAAGAAACGAGGAUGAUACCAAGCACAUCGCUUCGACUAGUUCAAUGCAGCCUGCAGUACUGCCGACCACAAACGGACAUAUCAAUCUGUUCGAAGAUCUCGAAUUGAACGCUAUUGCUGCCACUUUGAAGGUCGGAAAGAAACCAGUUGCUGAAACUGAGAAAGGCGUUCCGCUUGCACCUUCAGCAAAGGAUCUGAAACCCUGGUACUCGGAGCGAUCAAAAGAAAAACCAGAGGAGGUGGAAGAUGACCGAAAGAAAAGAGAGGAGUCACGAAAGUAUGCUCAUGACCCUUUGACGUCAAUAACGAGGCAGCUCGCGUCCCGUUCAUCGUCAUCUUCUUCAACCUCAAGAUCCUUCCGCCUCCCACAUCCCCCAAGGUCAGAUACCAAUACAGAUAAACCACCGGAAGUCCAAGCGAGGUUAUCUCGAGAAUCUUCAGAAAGAGAGCGAGCUCUUGAACUCAUCAGGCGACGGAAGCGUGAAAUGGCGGGAAGUGCGACACCCAGCACCGUGCACGGCGAGCCUAGCGGCGGCUAUGGAGAUGUUUUCAAUCGUAGAGAAGUGGAAGAAGCGCACAGGCACCGGGAGCGACGGUGGGAUGGGGGAAAACGUCGUGGGGAGGAUGACGGGCGAAGUAGGCAUCGGCCUGACAGGCAAUGGUAA